GGACCGGGGCGGCUUGGGCGUGCUCGGGGCCCCGAGAGCGCGCGGCGCAGGCAGCUGCGUGUGCGCCCCUGCGGGGAGCUGGGACCCCCGGGCCGGGCACGAUGAACUACCUGAAUGUGCUGGCCAAAGCCCUCUAUGACAACGUGGCUGAGUCCCCGGAUGAGCUCUCUUUCCGCAAGGGUGACAUCAUGACGGUGCUGGAGCAGGACACACAGGGCCUGGAUGGCUGGUGGCUCUGCUCGCUGCAUGGACGCCAAGGCAUCGUGCCUGGGAACCGCCUCAAGAUCCUGGUGGGCAUGCAUGACAAGAAGCCGGCAGGGCCCGGCCCCGGCCCACCCGCUGCCUCGGCCCUGCCCCAACCUGGCCUGCACGUCCCCGCCACCCAGUACACACCCAUGCUGCCUGCCACGUACCAGCCCCAGCCCGACAGCGUCUACCUGGUACCCACCCCCAGCAAGACUCAGCAAGGCCUCUACCAAGCCCCUGGGCCCAGCCCACAGUUCCAGUCUCCCCCAGCCAAGCAGACAUCCACAUUCUCGAAGCAGAUGCCCCAUCACCCAUUUCCCAGCCCAGCCCCAGACCUUUACCAGGUGCCACCAGGGCCUGGCAGCCCCGCCCAGGACAUUUACCAGGUGCCACCUUCCGCUGGGAUAGGCCAUGACAUCUACCAGGUCCCCCCUUCCAUGGAUGCACGCAGCUGGGAGGGGACGAAGCCACCGGCAAAGGUGGUGGUGCCCACCCGUGUGGGGCAGAGCUAUGUGUUUGAGGCCUCCCAGCCAGAGCAGGAUGAGUACGACAUCCCGCGCCACCUGCUGGCCCCGGGGCCCCAGGACAUCUAUGACGUGCCCCCUGUUCGGGGGCUGCUUCCCAGCCAGUAUGGCCAGGAGGUGUAUGACACGCCCCCCAUGGCUGUCAAGGGUCCCAAUGGCCGGGACCCAUCACUGGAUGUGUAUGACGUGCCCCCCAGUGUGGAGAAGGGCCUGCUGCCAUCCAGCCAUCAUGUGGUGUACGAUGUUCCUCCAUCAGUGAGCAAGGACGUGCCUGAUGGCCCACUGCUGCGUGAGGAAACCUAUGAUGUGCCCCCCGCCUUCACCAAGGCCAAACCCUUUGACCCAACCCGCCACCCGCUGGUCCUUGCUGCUCCCCCUCCAGACUCGCCACCCACUGAGGAUGUGUAUGAUGUGCCGCCCCCUGCUCCUGACCUCUAUGAUGUGCCCCCUGGCUUGCGGCGGCCGGGCCCUGGCGCUCUCUACGACGUGCCCCGUGAGCGGGUUCUUCCUCCUGAGGCAGCUGAUGGCAGCAUGGUCGACGACGGUGUGUACGCGGUGCCCCCCCCAGCCGAGCGAGAGGGCCCGGCCGAUGCCAAGCGCCUGUCGGCCUCCAGCACAGGCAGCUCACGCAGCAGCCAGUCAGCCUCCUCCCUGGAGACAGCGGUGCCGGGUCGUGAGCCCCUGGAACUGGAGGUGGCCGUGGAGGCCCUGGCACGGCUGCAGCAGGGCGUGAGCACCACUGUGGCCCACCUCCUGGACCUGGCAGGUAGUGCCGGCGGGUGUGGGGGCUGGCGCAGCACCGCCGAGCCUCAGGAGCCCCCAAUACAGGACCUGCGGGCUGCAGUGACUGCUGUCCAGGGGGCCGUCCACGAGCUGCUGGAGUUUGCCCGCAGCGCUGUGGGCAACGCUGCUCAUACUUCUGACCGCACACUGCAUGCCAAGCUUAGCCGGCAGCUGCAGAAGAUGGAGGAUGUGUACCAGACACUGGUGGCCCAUGGUCAGGCCCUCGACAGUGGCCGUGGAGGCCCAGUGGCCACUCUUGAAGACCUAGAUCGCCUGGUGGCCUGCUCAAGGGCUGUGCCCGAGGACGCCAAGCAGCUGGCCUCCUUCUUGCAUGGCAAUGCCUCACUGCUCUUCAGACGGACCAAGGCCCCUGUCCCAGGGCCUGAGGGGGGCGGCCUCCUGCACCCCAACCCCAUCGACAAGGCCAGCAGCAUCCAGUCCCGGCCCCUGCCCUCACCUCCCAAGUUCACCUCCCAGGACUCACCGGACGGGCAGUAUGAGAACAGUGAGGGGGGCUGGAUGGAGGAUUACGACUACGUCCACCUGCAGGGAAAGGAAGAGUUUGAGAAGACCCAGAAGGAGCUUCUGGAAAAGGGCAACAUCAUGCGGCAGGGGAAGGGCCAGCUGGAGCUGCAGCAGCUGAAGCAAUUUGAACGACUGGAGCAGGAGGUGUCACGGCCCAUAGACCACGACCUGGCCAACUGGAUGCCAGCCCAGCCCCUGGCCCCAGGGCGGACGGGCGGCCUGGGGCCCUCAGACCGGCAGCUGCUGCUCUUCUACCUGGAGCAGUGUGAGGCCAACCUGACCACGCUGACCAACGCAGUGGACGCCUUCUUCACUGCCGUGGCCACCAACCAGCCACCCAAGAUCUUUGUGGCACACAGCAAGUUUGUCAUCCUCAGCGCCCACAAGCUGGUGUUCAUUGGGGACACGCUGUCGCGGCAGGCCAAGGCAGCUGACGUGCGCAGCCAGGUGACCCACUACAGCAACCUGCUGUGCGACCUUCUCCGUGGCAUCGUGGCCACCACCAAGGCCGCCGCCCUGCAGUACCCAUCACCUGCCGCUGCCCAGGACAUGGUGGACAGGGUCAAGGAGCUGGGCCACAGCACCCAGCAGUUCCGCCGCGUCCUGGGCCAGCUGGCAGCCGCCUGAGUCCAGAUGACCAGAGGGAUGGAGGACAGGGGAGGAGGGCAGCGAUGGUCCGAGCUGCCCCAGGCACCUGUCCCAAGAGAGUCGCUGUGCCAUGGGCAUGGGACAGGCAACCUCAGUUCUGCCUGGGCCUGGUGCCCCAGACUGUCCAGGGAUUUGUACAUAUUUAUGAUGGGGCAGGAUGUGGGAUGGUGCCUCCUCAGAGGAACCCAAGCAGAGCUGGGCCCCAGUAGCUGAGACUGGGCUGGUGGUUUUCCCUGAGUGCGCUGCAGGCCCAGGGAGGGUCCCAGUGCCGGGGACCGGGCCAGGGGCACACAGGCCCCUCAACCACACAGCCUCAGGUGACUCCUGGGGCUGACCUCAGCCCCGGAGGGUGCCUUGUCCCCCCGACAGGGCAAGUGCAGCUCUGGCCUGUUCCUUCUCUGCACCCGGAGAAAACCCUAAAAAACUAUUUUUCAUUAUUGAUUUUCCAAUCAUUUGACUAAUAGUCUACAUUUAAAUAAAAUUUUAAAAAUGAAAAGCAGCCUCCUGAGGUGUGAGAGGCAAGAGGGACGGUGGUGGGAAGGCAGAAGUGUGCUUGCUCUCAGGUGCCACAGGGUAGGAGUGGUGAAUGGAGGGGAUCCGUGGUGAGGCUCUGGGCGGCCUCUUGGGAGGGUGAAGAAAAAGUGGUCCCGUCAGAAGAAAACCAAGGCCCCAGGAAAUGUCUGGGUCUGGGAGUUGAGGCUGGAAUGUCUUCAGCAAGGUGAGGGCGAGGUCUGCAAAUGGCCGCAAGACCUGGGGAGCCCGGGCUCGGGGAGGGCUGGGAUCGACCUGGGCUUCGAGGUCUGAUGCAAAGCCAGCACAGUCCCAGAGCAGGUGGCCAGAGUGAGGGCAGGUGUGGGGACAGGAGCGGGGUGAGCCCUGCUGGGGCCCCCCACAUCCCAAGGCAGAGAGCUCACGGCUGAGGGCACUGCUGGUGGCUACAUGAUUCCACAAAACAACUCACUUUCACAGACUUUAUCCAGAACUUGGCUCUUAGAAGGAAGCUCAUAAUUUCAGCCUGUGGAACUUCUAAAAUGUCUUAUUUGAAUUACACAUGGACUUGGCCUCCAAAUUGGGAGAUGGGGGCCCAGAGGGGCCCUUGCCCUGGGUCGGUGUGCCCUCCCUGGACCUCUGGGGGUAUGUCUGGCACCCUCGGUGAGGUGAGAGCCCUCGGAAUCAGGAGGUGCUGCUCCCAGCUCUGACCAUUCUGCAUGUGAACUUGGGCCUCAGUUUCCCUAUCUCUAUGAAGAAGAGAGUAGGGCUGGGUGAUCUGCUAGCCCUCUAUGCUCUGAACUCUGCAGAGGGGACCCCAGUGAAGGCCGCCAUCUCCCACCCUUCACCCACCCUGGCAAAGACACAGAAGUGAAGAGGCAAGCAGUUGCUCUCAGUGGGUUUAUUUGGGUUUUAGACAGACCGGGGGCGGGGAGCAGGAGCUCAGGUGGUCUCCAUAACCUCUCGAACCCAGGGAAUAAACUCAGUGACCCUGGCGUACACGCCUGGUGAGAAUGGGAGACACCGGCCACUGCCCCAGGACACGAUGCCUACCAAGGUCCAGGCUCCAUCCUUCUGGCAGACCAGAGGGCCGCCAGAGUCGCCCUGAGUAGGAGAAAGGACUUGUGUCCAAGCCUGAAAGAGGGUGCCUGGGGCCCUACUGUGCCCUGACCUGGCCGAGUCCAGGGUGGUGCAGAGAAAUGACAAAUGUGGGCACAGGCCCUACA